UUGUCACUUUAUUCGAUUUUGGUGAAGUACUUUAGCAUCAUACAGGCUACCAUCUUCCUUCUUAGCAUUUGUGGGAUCACGUGUUUGUGGUGUCCUCUGUAUUUCAAAUGCCUUAUAUGUCCUUCAAGGAUCAACAAAGCAUUCACUCUUUCUUUCUUUUUCUUCUUUGUUAUGUAAUUAGAAGGGAGAUUUCAUCUGUUGGUGUGGUGAGAAAUUUCGUCUGGGUCUUGCUGUGACACCCGUGAAUCUUACCUGACUGAGCUUAUGUUAUUGGAGAACAUCUACCAGUCAACCAAAGAUACCUAAGAGCCUUAAAUAUCAAACAAAUCUUCUUAGCUGGGCAGAUAUGAACAAGGUUCAUCUUUGCUUCUACAGAAUGCCUCUAGAUGCCUUAUUUUUAACUUACAGUAAACAAAUAUGUUUUGGUAUGUAGAACUAGUAUUUGAAUAGAGGAACUAGAGAUCUGAACCAUGACAAACAAGACCAGUGAGGUUUACUUGUUAGAAAAAACACUGUAUACUUUAUACUGCUGAGACCUAAAUAACAAUGACGCAAGAGUCCUCAUUUGAGGAAAUUAUCUCUCUUGAGGUGAACUUGAUUGCAUAUUAUGAACUUAAUGGUUUCUCAGGUAAUUUCCGCCAGAUCGUUCUAAGUAUUUCCCCACCCCAGUGCAUGCAAGAGCUAUUCUCAUGUACUCUGGUGUCAUCUGUCUCUUCCCCCAUUAAGUAUUUAAGAUGUCUAAUCUGACUUCCUCUCAGUCACACACAGAUACAGACCAACAACACACACACACACACACAAAUCUGCAAACAUGGCUCGGCUGGAUGUUACAGAGACCUUCCAUGGCAUCACCUUCCCUGGACACCUGCAUACUCAGGACAGCCUCCACUAUGCUACUCACUUCAAAUUUCAGGAUACAGACACAUUGAUUGUCACAUACCCCAAAUCAGGAACCACGUGGAUGCAGGAGAUUGUUACUGUGAUGUCAUGCAAAGGAGACGCAGUGAGGGCUCAAACACAGCCUAAUUGGAAUAGGGCUCCCUGGCUGGAGCAGUACUACUGUCCAGAUGUCCUGAACGCUUCGCAAGAAAACCGCAUCCUCACCACACAUCUGCCAUAUAACCUACUAGCAGCUGCCCUCAGUGGCUCCAAAGCCAAGGUCAUAUAUGUAGCAAGAAACCCUAAAGAUGUGGCUGUGUCUUAUUACUACUUCCAUAAGAUGGCCAAGUUCCUGCCAGAGUCAGGCACCUUUUCUGAGUUCCUAAGCGCUUUCCUGGAGGGGACUGUGCACUAUGGUUCCUGGUUUGAUCAUGUGAAAGGUUGGACCAACAAUGCAAGAAAUAUUCAUAACUUCCUCUAUGUCACAUAUGAAGAGAUGUCACGGACUCUGCGUGCCUCUUUGGAGAGAGUGAGUGAAUUCCUGCAGUGCCCCCUUGUGGAGGAGGAGCUAACCAGUACCUUGAAGAGCUGCAGUUUUAGCAGCAUGAAGAAGAACUGCAUGGUGAAUUACUCACUUAUUCCCCAGGAAAUCAUGGACCACAGGAAGAGCAAAUUCAUGAGGAAAGGUAAAAUUGGAGACUGGGUAAACACUUUCUCAGAGGAACAAAGCUGCACCUUUGAUGCCAUCUACACUUCCAGGAUGGCGGACUCCUCUCUGACGUUUGUGUGGUGUAACCCAGAACAGGAGCCAAUGCUGAAGUCAAGGAGAGACCCAGACCACCACCAGGCUCACCACAUCCUGGAACAGACCCUUGCAUAAUGGAUCUCUGUAUGAAUAAUCAUUCCAUGUGUACUUAUGUACUUAUGUCUUGAGUUGCUUACAGGAUGUGAAAUAUUUGAUGUUUGUGCAGAGGAAACAAGGAUUUUAGCUGAAUCAUAAAUGCUUUGUUUGAUUUGGAGGCAUUGAUUUCAUAAAAUGAUUUUACCAUUGUGUGAUAAGCUAGCAAGGUAAGAAGACCUUGUGAAACUUAUGAAUAUCUGUGUAGUAACUAAUCAUCAAUACAUUUUCUUGCAAUGUCA